AUGGAGGGUUCCUACCAUUCAGCGCAUGAGGGAAGAGUUCAUUUGCACUUCUUCGCCGGGUUCCACCGCCCUGUUGACUGGACCACGCUGCGGCCCGUGAUAUUCGGAGGCAUUACGCCAAACGCGCAGCCAACUCGCGCGCGAGGUCCUCGAACCAGGGAAGCCAUGGACCAGGGCCAUUUCUACUGCUACGCGCAGAAGGUGGGCACUUUGGAAGUGGCGACCUCCAACUAUGAGCCUUGGAUCCACUACACGGUUAAGGGGUGCCAGGUUCGCACUGGCUUCAUCGGGCGCCAGCGGCAGGUGGAGGCAGUGCAGAUGCACAAGGAGCGCGGACGGCUGCUGGAGCAGCAAGCUGCCGCAGAGGUGUCGCUGCAGCGCCUGAAAGGCGAUUUCAAGGCACCGGCGCUGGCGCGAUGCGAGCCCUGGGCAUCCCAAUACCAAGAGCCGAAGAUGAGGUACAAGUUUCUGAUCUUGAGAGGAGGCUCGCAGAGUGGCAAAAGCGCUCUUGCAAAAAGCCUUGGUGACAUUUUCGGACUGGGUAAGCCUUUCAUAGACUGCAUAUUGGCAGCCAGCCACGGCUCACGGCUGUCCCAGGUUGCUGACAUGUCCACUGUGCCAACAAUCGGGAUUUUAAAGAGCCAAACGGCGUACGAAUAG